UCUUCCAUUUCCAUUUAAAGACAAAAGCAGAAAGAUCAAUAUCGACCCAUUUCAAUAUACAGCAAUCAUAUAGCUUCAUUUCUCCAAUGCCUUCUGCCUUCAAGAAUUUGCAGUUCACCGCCCUCUUUGCCGCCGCUUUGGCGGCAGUUCUGGUGGCGGGUUUCCAGUAUGAAGUUGGAGAAAAGACAGGGUGGCAAAAACCCACCGGAAAGGAGCCUGAAACCUACAAUCAAUGGGCCUCCAAAAACAGGUUCCAUAUUGGAGAUACAGUUUAUUUCAAGUACCAGAAGGAUUCGGUUCUGGUUGUGAGCUCUGCAGAUUACUUAAACUGCAACACUUCGAAUCCAAUCGCCAAAUACGAAGACGGAAAAACGGUUUUCACAUUCGACAGGCCUGGUUUUUUCUACUUCAUUAGUGGCCAAUCUGAUCACUGCCAAUCGGGGCAGAGGCUUAUUGUUCGAGUCAUGCAUCCUUCGGAAGUGGAGGCGCCGGAAGUUGCACCAUCUCCGGCAGCUGCUGGCGGCAGGGAUUUUGGGCCGCCGCCAGUUAGCUCCACCUCAAAGCUCGCUGCAGUUUCUUUCUUUCUGGCUGGCGCUCCGGUCGGGCUUUUCUUAAUUCCCUACUUGUUCGUUUAGGAACUAGUCAACUAUGAUCAUUUUUUUAGGUUUUUAUUUGAUGUUUUUUUGUUGGA